AUGAAGGCUUACGGCGACGCCAACUACGCUGGCUACCGCGUGACUGGAGAAGUGAGGACCCACAGCGCCUGGGGCGUGGGGGUCUACCACUUCUUCCGGGACCACGAGGUCCUGGUGCGGACGGGCAUCGACGUGCCGCCCUGGCUCGAGAACAGCUUCCACUCGCCCGUCGGCGUCAUGCUGAACGGAAGCCUGAGCCUCGCGCAAGCCGCGGGCCACACGAGCCCGACGCGGGGGGGCGCCGCCAUGCUUCCGCGGCUGAAGCGGCAGAUCACCACUGUGAAGACACCCAAGGCAUUGGUCAAGAGCGCCAACCCAGAGAUUCCUGGUGAGCUGCCCCGCGCGGGGAGCAUCGAGCUCGACGCCGCGGACGUGCCGCUGGUGUCCUCGAUGCAGGACAAGGUGCAGGCGUGCGGUUUCCUGGACAUGCUGGACCCUCUGGACUGGAGCGACGGCCUGGAGGUCCUGGCCAUGUGGGGCGGGCGGCCCGAGGCCAUCAAGAGGGAGCUCGCUUCGCUGAGCCAGGUGAGGCAGGCGCUGGUGUGGAUGUGCCAGAGGUUCCGGCAGCCGCGUGAGGACGUUGCGAAGCCGUGGACCAAGGCGUGGAAGGCGCUGUGCGAGAAGCUGCGCGAGCUACUGCUCUCGGGCGGCGACGCCUACGACAGGAGACAGGCGCUGAGCAGCGCGGCGGACGGCCUUUCGAUUGACAUUACGUCGCAGUUCCUCGCGCACCCUUCGGAGGGCUUCUUCUUUCUGUGGUACGGCACGCUGUGGCAGGAGAAGAAGGACGCCGCAACCCGUGCUCCACCAGCGUCGGCGCCAGCGGUCCCUGCGCCAGCGAAGCAUCCGGGCACGCACCUCUCAGCGCUGCGGACAUCCCCGGACUUCGCGACGCUCGUGGAGGGGCUGGAGGCGCAGGUCGCGGGCAUGCGGGAGGCCAUCGCAGACCAGUACGCGGCGCAGCAAACAUUGCAGGCAGUGCAGGCGGAGGCCGCGACCGCGGCCGCCCGCGACACCGCUGGCACGGCCGCCGCAACCGCAGGGUUCGCUGGGGCCUUGAUGAAGCAGCUCAGAGGCGCGUUGCUGGCGCCAGGUGGCGCAGGGCUUGCUGGGCUUGCAGAUGGCGCGGCGGCGGCGCCCAGCUCGGGCGGCGGUUCGGCGCUGCCAGCGGACGUUGCCGUCGCGGAGGUGCACGCCUCGCCGCGGCGGCACUUGGUGGCGCUUGAUGGCGCCGCCCUCGCGCAGUCGAUACCGGGCGCCUCGCUCGCUGCUGUCAGCGCUCCCGGCAGAGUGACGCCCGCGGGGCCUGGGAUGGCCCGACAAUCCUGGAGCAAGUUGCUGCUGGGCCUGCCGCCGCGGGGCCGCAACUUGGAGGUCGAGCUCCCCGAGCGCCUCGCCCUGCAUGUGGAGCGCCAGCCCUUAGGACGAGCCGCUCGCGCGGGCAGGGGGGCGGGCGCGAGCCCGGGCCGCGGCGGCCGCGCGAGGCCUCCGGGCGGCGGAGUACGCGGCCGCCCGAGCGCGGCGGGCGCGGCACUUGGCCCGCGCAGGAGCUCACUUCAAGGCCGUGAGUUCCCUUCACACUGGGUGGCCACGGUUCAGCCCGAGGAGCAGGCCUCCUGGGGCAGGGCGCUGAUGGCCGGUUGCCUGGGCCAGGGGCGCCCCGAAGCAUCUCCGGGAGCUGUCCGCUUGCCGCGGCCGCCGGGCUGCCUCCCGGCUGCCGCGAGUUACCGCCGUCGCUUCUCGGGGGAGGCGACCAGCGGCCGUCUUUGCGCCGAGGCGCGCUGGAUCUCGGAGAGCCGGUUGGCGCUCCUCCGCAAGAAGAGGGGCGUCGCCCCAGGCCCAAUCAGGGCGGGGGAGCUCCGGCGCCGGGCAGUCGUCGAGAUGCUGCAACAGGAGACGAUCCAGGAGCGCCUGCAGCUUCGGAAGUCGCACGCCGUGCCCACCGCGGGCGACGUCGCGGCGGAGCUGCUGCGGGUCCACGACGAGGUGGACCUGGAGCAGACAGUGUACCGGUGCAACACCGUGCACGGCACGAGGACCAGCUUCGACUACCCAGCGCCGACAGGCUUCUGCCCCGACCCGGCGGACCCCGAGUGGGGCAAGGCGGGGGACGGGCGGGAUGCGGAGCGGACGAGGAGCGCCGCCCUGCUGUACGCGUCGGCCACGCGCGGGAGCGGCGAGUUCUUCUCCCCGGUGGCCUCCCCGUCGGCAGGAGUGAUGACAGCGGAGGUGCUGUCGCAGCCCACAGCAGGCAUGCGGCGCUCCACGGGGCUGCCACUGCAACCCUGCGCCGCGCUGCUGCGGCGCGCCUACACGCGGGCCACGGACGGGGACAGCCCCCAGGCCGUGGAGGAGGGCAGGCUCGACGACGACGACGAGGUCACGUCCGUGGCGUCGUGCUCGAUGCGGGACUCCGCCGCCUCGGUGCUAGAGGCGCUGGCGUCCCGCUGCGUGCUCCUGAGGCGCCGUCGACGGGCGGCUUCCCGGCGGAUGCAGCUCAUGCUGAACAUCGUGUUGGGCAGCCACGACGCGUGCAUCGAGCGGCUCAUCGCCGCGCCCAGGCUCUUCAUAGCGUUCAGCCAGGAGGAGGAGGCGCUGCAGUUCCUCAUAGGGCGCCCGCCGCGCGUGUCGGAGGCGUUCGACGAAGGGCCCCCCGAAGCAGUGGAGCGCUGCGACACUUCGUCCGUCGCGUCCGCGGACGCCGCCAGCCUGCGCGUGUCGGGGGCGUUUGACAAGGGCCCCCCCGAAGCAUUUGAGCGCUGCGACAUUGCAUCCGUCGCGUUCGCGGACACCGCCCGCCUGCGCGAGGAGCAGCUGCAGCGCUUCAUCCGGUACCACACCAACCCGCUGUUCAGCUGCCUCCGGCUCACGGCGGCCGUCAGCAAGCUGUGCAAGCGGAGCAGCCUGGCCCAGGACAUCUGGCACGGCGAGCACGCGCGCCUGAAGCGGGCCGCGGUCCAGAUCUUCGAGCUCCUGCCGCAGGACGCCUUCGACAGGAUCUUCGAGAACACCGCGAAGCGCCAGACCUUCAUGUCGCUGGCCUUCCACGAGGCCGCCGAGUGCCUCGAGAUGAUGGACGCGCCGCGCUUCCAGGACUACCUGCGCACGCGGUGGAACGGCGCCCUGCCCCUGCUCGAGGACGUGCAGACGCCGGAGGACUACGUGGAGUACUGCAGGUCUUGGCUCGAUCCGAACACCCUCAUAUUCAGCCCGAAGCUGCGCGUGAUGUUCCACGCGCUGUCUUUCGUGCUGUUCACUGUGUUCCUGCAGCUGCUGCCCUCAGAUUUUUUCGUUGUCUGCACGCUACAGCCCAGCGCCACCCACAUCCUGCUGUGGACCACGGUGGCGGCGGGCCAGGCCCGCAGGUUCGAGCUGUUCCUGGUGCUGCUGUACCUCGUCCGCGGAGCCUUGCGGCACACCGCCCGCGCAGGGGGGCUCGCCCCCGACUUGGGGCGUCCCUUAAGCGGCAGCCGUCCGGCUGCACUUCACGGCGGCCGCCGGACCCUCUGGCGGGGCGCGCGGGUGCUGCUGCUCCACUGCGCGGCGCCGCGGGUGGUGCCGCUGCUGGGGCUGCACGGCGACCCGCUCAUGAGCCGGGAUGCGGUGGAGAUGGUGUGGGGCUUUGCAGGUGGACGGUCUCGGCGGAUGCAGACGACUCGGCAGAUCGCGGCCCUCCGGAAGUCCAACCGGGCGGCGAAGCUCAGGAUCGAGGAGUUGGAGCGCCAGCUGGAGGAGGCGGAGGCGCGACGGCUCCAGCUGGUACCCUCGCGCUGGGGCUCGAAGCACGAGUGCGAGCAGCUGCUGUUGAAGGUCCCCCGGCGUGUGUUCAUUUCCGUCAUGCGGCUGGGGCUGGGCAAGAGGCAGCAGUCCAAGCGGCGCAAGAAGGACGACCUGGCAGAGAACCUGUCCUGGAUCAUGACGAUCGAGGAGGCGCAGCUGGGGGGCUCUGGCAAUUACAGUCAGCAGAUGAGCAAAUGGGCGGUGGAGAGCAUGAGCGCCAUAGAGUGCAACCUCUUCUGGUCGAUGAUGGGGCUAUCUCACAAAGCUGACCGCCCGUGGGUGCACCUGAGGCACUUCCUCCAGAGCCACGAUGAUCUUGUGAGGAAAUCUGGAGCGGGCGCCCUGGCACAUCUCGUGUGGUACAAGGGUGAAGAAAUUUACAAGGAGGCCGUCGAGGCCUGCGAUAUUUCAUAUUGGGAGCAGUUCUUGUUGGAUGAUGAGGCAACUAAUCAGCAAGAUGCUGGUGAUGAUGGUGAUCGGCACUCCCCAGUGCUCGACCUGGCGUCGUGCGGCAUCGAACUUGGCACGGCGUGCGCGACCAACUUUAAGUGCAGGGUCCUUGACAGGAUCCACGUGUUGCCUGCCACGAUCUUGUUGUUUGGAUACAAGCGGCCGGGGCAUAAGUGCGCCAAGAGGCUCGCCGUCGCCCAGGAAAUUCUCGACCCGGCCACCACGGAAAUCAACGCCGUCAAGCUCCGGUACGACACAACCGACAUCGUGCUCGCGGCGCUCGCGGCGCCGGCGAUGGCUGCAGACGAUAGUCUCGUUGCUCUUGCGCCCCCCGAUGCUCCGGCCCCGGCCGCGGCGCUGCCGCCGACGCCGGCGCUGCUGGAGCGCCGAAGGACCCUGCCGAUCCCAACGCGCCCGACAGAGGACCCCAUCAAGCCCUUCAACAUCAUCUCGUCCCGCAAGUUCGUGCAGGAUCUGUUGCUGCUGAUCACGCUUCACGCGUGGGUCAGGUCCUUGAUCUUCCAGGUGCUGCAGUUGGCGGCCCCGGGGACGGGGACCGGGAAAUGA